CGGAGCACUUGACGUGUGUCGGAGAGUUGGCGUCCAAGCAGCGGGCGGCCUCUCCAGGGAACUCAGAUUGCGGCUUGACGGCCGGCAUGCUUUCCUUCACGCUUUCCUUUUAAAACUUGCGUUUCGGCGAGCCGCCAUGGGCACCGUUUCUGCCAUUCUUUUGGUUUUUCUAGGAUGUUGUAGCAAUGUGGUUUCUCUCGAGCUGCUUGUGAGAGAGUUCCCAGGAUGCGGCAACAUCGUCACGUUCGCGCAGUUUGUGUUCAUCGCGUUGGAGGGAUUCGUCUUCGAGACGCGUUUGGGCACCAAGAAGCCCGCCAUCCCCAUCAGCAACUAUGUGAUCAUGGUGACCAUGUUCUUCACGGUCAGCGUGAUCAACAACUACGCUCUCAACUUCAACAUCGCCAUGCCGCUCCACAUGAUCUUCAGAUCGGGCUCUCUCAUCGCCAACAUGGUCCUGGGCAUCGUCCUCCUGAAGAAAAGGUAUUCGCCCAGCAAGUAUUUGUCCAUCGCGUUUGUCUCCGCCGGCAUCUUCAUCUGCACCAUCAUGUCCGCCAAGCAAGUGAAUGUGGCCAGCGAGGGCCAGGAGGAGCGAGGCCUCUACGCCUUCAUGCGUUGGCUUGUCGGAAUCGGCAUGUUGACGUUUGCUCUGAUCAUGUCGGCACGCAUGGGAAUUUUCCAGGAGACGCUGUACAAGAAGUACGGGAAACAUUCCAAAGAGGCGCUUUUUUAUAACCACUUCCUGCCUCUGCCGGGCUUCCUGCUCCUCUCCACGGACAUCUACAACCACUGCGUCCUCUUCAGUCAGAGCACGCCGGUGCUCGUUCCGCUCGUGCAACUGAACGUUCCGGUCAUGUGGCUCUACCUCCUCGUCAACGUGGUCACGCAGUAUCCUUUUCUCGCCGUCCCGCCCGGUUUUCCCGCUCGUGGUCCUUGUCUGCCUUUAACCGCCGGCGCUCAGGUACGUGUGCAUCCGCGGCGUGUUCAUCCUGACCACCGAGUGCGCCUCGCUCACCGUCACCCUGGUGGUGACUCUGAGAAAGUUCCUCAGCCUCAUCUUCUCCAUCGCGUACUUCCAAAACCCCUUCACGGCGUGGCACUGGGCCGGCACGGCCGUGGUCUUCGUGGGCACGCUGCUCUACACCGAGGUGUGGAGCGCCGUCACGGCGGCCAGGAAGAAGGCCGAGUGACGGCGUUGAGGAGGGACACUUUUGCAUUUUAUGCUGGGCACUCUUAAAACCAGUGGUGGGAAGCAAGCAAGUACACGUCGUUUGUUGCUGUACUUGGGCAGAGUUUUUUUUUUUCUUCUUCUUCUUCAGGUUUCUCUACUUGGCUUGGGUAUUUAUUUUUAGGACCACUUUUGACUUUUACUCUCUCCAUUUGAAAACAGAGUGUGUACGUUCAGUUCCUCGGUCAAAGUAGCAUUGUUACUUUUUACAGUUUUGUUUUGAUAGCAUAGAAAUCAAGCAAACGUGAGCUACAUGCAACCUCAUUUGGGUUCCUCUUCCCAAUGCAAGCUCUCAAGUCGUAAAAGAGGGGGACUUUUUUUUUUUUUUUUAACCCUGUACCAACUUAUAAAAAUGGUAUUGUGUGUAAUUGGUCAUAAAAUUGCAAUGUUGCUUUUUUACUUUUUGAGUGCAUACUUUUUUUUUUUUUUUUUUUUUUUUUUACGGUAUUUCACGUACACGACCCAUCACUGUUUGAAACACACAACCUACCAACUCAAAUGUCUGCCCUGGUUCUUUCUCGGACAGCUGUUUUGAACCAUGAUUUUUGUUGUUGUUGUUGUUAGUGGUUCUCACCAAAGUAAACUACACUAUGUUUAAAAA